AUUUUGUUUUCCCCAGUCUUGGCGUCGUGCAUUGCGGGUAAAUACAGUCCUGACCUGAAUCAGUCAGCACGCGUCGCGACCAAAAGCACAACCGUGACCGCGAAUUCUCACCCCGACUUCACCCUUGGUUCAUCCCUACUUAUCUACCAACCCCAUUCGAUACGUACCGCAUGCGCACGGAACAGCAGCUGUUUGAAUGCGUGCAUUUGUUCUCAACUCUGACGGUUCUUCCAAUUGACGAGGGCCAUUGCAGAUCACUCUUUCCUGGUACUUACUUGAAAGAGGCAUUCCAACCCUAUUUUCUUCUAGUCAGGCGCAGAAAAUAGGUUGUAAAUAAGAACGCAGUCGACGCGACCAUUAAACAUGCCACCUCCUCUGCCAGACCAGGAAGAUAAUGUCUUUGGUAAUGAGAAUGACAUGUUCACUAGCGAUGACAUUGUCGCAAAUGGCGACGCUCACGAUGAGCCGCUUGGAACCAUGGUCCAUCUAGGGGACGAAGCCGAUAAUGAAGUGGGCUACAACGCGAUGGAGCCCGAGCUUGCUGGUCACAUCAACUAUCUGGCAACGCAGCCAGUCAGCGACCCGGCGUUGGAUAACCAAGAGUCUAUCGUGCCAACCACUGGCAAAAAACGUGGUCGUCCAUCUCUUCCCAGGCCAUUGUCCCGGAACGGCACACCUGCGAAGACACCCACCAAACCUGGAAGGCCUUCUAAAACCCCGCGCACCGAGAAAGCCUCCAAGGGCGCAAAAACAGCUGUUUUGACAGGAAGUGCGAGAAAGCGCAAUGCCGAUGCUGCGACUAACGACGCGCCGCCCGCAAAGAGGGCGCGUGGCGGGAAGCCCCUCAAAGCUGAGCGCACUCCUGAACGCAUUCAAUCUCGAAGGGGCGCUGCGGAAGCGGCCAAAGCUACAUUCAGCACUGCACUCAAGAGGGCUAAGAUUGUGGAAUCUUCGGACCCUGCUCCCAAGAAGCGUGGUCGUAAGGUUAAAGCCACUGCCGCUUCGGUAGUUUCUAGUGAAGCGUACGAGGUCGAAAAGAUCUUGGAUUCAAGCGUUGACGCCGACACCAAGCAGUUGAUGUAUCUUGUCAAGUGGAAAGACUAUGCAUCCUCCGAAAAUACUUGGGAGCCGAAGAAAAACCUUUCGGGUGCGUCCGAAGUCAUCAAGAAAUUCAACGCCACCAAAAAGAGUGAAGAGCCGGUUGCCAAGAAGCCAAGGGGUCGUAAGCCUGAUGCGAUAGCUAGGACCGCCAAAACCCCCGGCAGGAAGCCCGGAGCUUCAAAGCCCGGUCCUUCAAAGACCGGUCGCAAGCCCGGUCGCAAGCCUGUAACUGCAACAGCCGCCUCAAAGACUACCGUUAUGGCUGAGGUGGCAGCUCCGAAGAAGCCCGGUCGCAAGCCUAGAGCGGCGCAUGGAAAGUAAAGCUGUGUCGUAGGCGGGCUUUACAUCUCGCAGCUUUGAUUUACCUGCGUAUCAUUUGUUGUAUCAUGCCUUAACCUUGGGAAGACUAUCGUUUGCAUUAGCACUCCCUGGGGCAAGGUCAUUAGCUGGGGGCUCUCUUUUUUCACUACCUUCUGGCUUACAGGCCGCCUGUCGGUCCCCGGCGUGAGUUUCCGAUGCCGUAGAGGGCUGGCAGAGUGACAUCGGCGUCUUCUUGCAAGGUUUCUUGUUUCUCUCUUUUGUCGCGAAGUUGAUUCGCUCUGGAUGCACAACGAGACAAAUUUCCCAUUGUCCGUCAACCCACCUUAGCUUACCUACCUACCUGCACUCGAGACUUUUCGCCUAUGUUUACAAUGGAUGGCAGGUUUCCACAGUAAAUCCAUGCCAUACACUAUCCCAGCUAGGCGUAUGGUUUAUAAUUCUCGAGCUAGACUAGACAUACCUCAUCUGUAGAGGGGAGCAAUUACCAAUAUGGCAUUGAAAGUACAGUGCUUCGUAGAUACUAUGCGACGGUGGUCCACUUUUUCGUUGGUGACUUUGGG